AUGACAUAUCACAUAAUUGCAAGUCACUCCGUUGUCACGACGAACACCGUUGAAAGAGACGAAUGGGAAAUUGCAGCUCUGUUGUCAGGUGCAAAUGUCUCUCAAGCACUAAUUUCGCGCACGUUCAUUGAUGAAAGAGAUAUCUGCGAUGAACCUAAUAUCAAUCAAAUAAGAGGAAGUCAAGGACAUGUUAUUAGAAAAUUGUAUCGUCAAGAGUCCGUUGCAGAAAAAAAAAUUGGUCAACUUUCAAAUGAAACGGAAUUUCGAAAUUUCUGGAGUCAAGUUGCUAUAGCAGAGUUCCUACGUGAUUCACAAUACAUUGCUAAAUUACGAGGUAUAGCCUUAAAAGGUGACUGCUAUUACGUUUACUUUAAUUGGGCCGAGGAAGGAGACUUAUAUAGUUACCUCGUGAAGCAUGAGACUAUUCGGUGGGAAAUCAAAGUCAAGCUUGCAUACGAAAUCUCUUGUGCUUUAUCAUAUUGCCACGAAAAAAAUAUUCUUCAUCACCAAUUUCUCCGUCCAUCAUUAACUAAUUUUCGACAAAGCCGACCAUCAAUCGCACAAAAGUCUUGGAGUUAUAAGUUGUCUCAGGAAAUUCUUCGCUUCGGCAUGCUCAUGUAUGAAAUUGCAUCACAAAAAGUGCCAUUUUCAAAUGAGGGCCCAUUGGCUGCAUCCAAGAAGAUCGCGUCUAGGGAAAGGCCGUUUAUAAAUAAAGCGGACAUCCCUUAUGAUGAUUAUUAUAAUAUCAUGAUCCAGUCGUGGGACCAUGAUUCACAAAAACGGCCAACUAUGUCGCUAAUAUCUAAAAACUUAUAUAAUCUUUAUUCAUUAAUUAAAAAAUCAUGUGGUCCGUUAACGUUAGCUACUCAUACUGGAAACUUCACUUUGGAGAUGCAAACGAAUAACAAUUCGACAAUCGAAGAAUGUUCUUUUAAAUCUCAUAAUGAAAAUGUCACUUAUGAGAUGCAAACAAAUAAUAAUUCAACAGUCAAGAAAGUUUCUGAUGAGGAUUUUGCAUACGACAUGAAUCAGGCUGAGUUCUUCCAUGCGCAAGAGUUGUUUUCAAAAGCAUUUCCAAUAUUUGAAAAAUUUGCGCGGGAGGGAAUAGUGAUGCAUGCUACUUUUUCGCCUGUUGCCAGAAACGGUCAUGCAGAGGCACAAUACAUUACAGCUAUGAUAUAUCAUAAAAAGUACAAAGAAAAUAUGAAAGAGAACUCAUAUAUCAAAUUACAUAAAGAAUUUCUUGAUAUGGCAGUAAAACAAAAUCAUGCGGGUGCAUUAUAUAUUUGUGGUCAGUAUUAUUUCUUGGGCGAAUUUUAUGAAAAAAACAUGGAGAAUGGUCGCGAUAUGUUGAGGGCCGCACAUAAUCUUAAUCACAAAGACGCAGCUACUACAUUACAGCAACUUGAGCAAGAAAAUGGACAAGACAUAACAACCGAACUAAAUAAUGAUGCAAUUGUAAAUCAAGGAGAAAAUGUAGCUACUGAACAAGGCAACAAUUUAAUUGUUAAAUUACAAGAAUAUGAAAAGCAAGAUUCUAUUACUAAAUUACAAAAAUUUGAAAAUCAUGAAUCGCAUAAAACUUUUUACAAUUUAUAUGAUUCCAGGUAA